AUGGAUACGGUGCCAGGGUCUGUACCGGGCUUGGGAACGCGACGUCAGGACCGCUUUGCAGAGGAGUUGGAAGCCAUUCCCGAGACAAAAGCCCUUGGGCCUCUCUUCAAGUCUUCCAACGACUACGAGCUCACCGACCCUGGUACAGAAUACGUCGUUACGUGCGUGAUUCACACCUUCCUCCACCACCUCGUUCUUCAGUAUGAUGUGACAAAUACGAUGGAGAACCAAGUGCUUGAAGACGUCUAUGUGGAUGUGGAGGUGGCAGACGAUGAAUUUGAGGUGCUUAAUCACCUACCUAUCAAAACUCUACCCUUCAACUCUCCUGCUCCGACAUACGUAAUUGUCAAGCUACCUGGGAAUGCCUCUCUCACCACUUCCUUCGCCAACACUCUGCGGUUUGUCGUUAAGGAUGUUGACGCUGCUGGAGCCAAUGAUGCCGGUAUCACUGAUGAGUAUGCGGUGAGGAUUUCUGGCCUAUUUAACCCUUCAUCGCCUACUACUACUCCCUACAACAAAUAG